CCCGCCACACACCACCACGAUCCAACGCAUUUUCUUCCACAAUUGCACGUACGUGGAGUAUCACGGUAUCAGUAGUACGUAAUGGAUUUGCUGCCGCUGGUGACGCUGCUGCUGCUGGCGCACGCGGCGGCGUGGGUGGCGUGGCAGGCGGCGGCGCGGCGGCGGCGGGCGACCUGCUACCUCCUCGACUACGCGUGCCACAAGCCCUCCGACGACCGCAAGGUCACGACGGAGCUCGCCGGCGCCAUCAUCGAGCGCAACAAGCGCCUCGGCCUCCCCGAGUACCGCUUCCUCCUCAAGGUCAUCGUCAACUCCGGCAUCGGCGAGCACACCUACUCCCCCCGCAACGUCCUCGACGCCCGCGAGGACUGCCCCACCCUGCGCGACGCCCUCGACGAGAUGGACGACUUCUUCGACGACGCCGUCGCCGCCGUCCUCGCCAGGGCCGCCGUCUCGCCGCGCGACGUCGACCUGCUCGUCAUCAACGUCGGCUCCUUCUCGCCCUCGCCGUCGCUCGCCGACAGGGUCGUCAGGCGGUUCGGGUUGCGGGACGACGUCAUGGCGUACAACCUCUCCGGGAUGGGGUGCAGCGCCGGGCUCGUCUCCGUCGACCUCGCCCGCAACGUCAUGCUCACGCGCCCGCGCACCAUGGCACUCGUCCUCACCUCCGAGUCGUGCGCCCCCAACUGGUACACGGGGACCGACAAGUCCAUGAUGCUGGGCAACUGCCUCUUCCGGUGCGGCGGCGCCGCCGCGCUGCUCACCAACGACCCGGCGUUCCGGUCGCGCGCCAAGAUGGAGCUCCGCUGCCUCGUGCGCGCGCACAUCGGCGCCCACGACGACGCCCACGCCGCCGCCGUGCACCGCGAGGACGCCGACGGCCGCCUCGGGGUCAGCCUCAGCAAGGCGCUCCCGAAGGCCGCCGUGCGCGCCUUCACCGAGAACCUCCAGCGCCUGGCGCCGCGCAUCCUCCCCGCCGGCGAGCUCGCCCGCUUCGCCGCCCGCCUCCUCCUCCGCAAGCUUCUCCGCCGCAAGGCCGCCGCCGGCGCCGCCGCCAAGAUCAACUUCAAGACCGGCGUCGACCACUUCUGUCUCCACCCCGGCGGGACGGCGGUGAUCGAGGCGGUGAGGAAGAGCCUCGGGCUGGACAGCUACGACGUGGAGCCGGCGAGGAUGGCGUUGCACCGGUGGGGGAACACGUCGGCGAGCAGCCUCUGGUACGUGCUGUCCUACAUGGAGGCGAAGCGGCGGCUCAACGCCGGCGACCGGGUGCUCAUGGUGACCUUCGGGUCGGGGUUCAAGUGCAACAGCAGCUACUGGGUGGUGACCAAGGACCUCGCCGACGCCGGCGCCUGGGAAGAUUGCAUCCACGACUACCCGCCGGCGAACUUGGUCAACCCUUACAUGGAGAAGUUCGGCUGGGUCAACGACCUUCCCAGCCAGGGUCAGGGAGGCGCAUUUCCCUUCUUUUAAUUAAUUAUUACUAUUACUGGUAGUACUGAUUAAUUUAUACUCAAUUUAUUAUUACUACCAUGAAUCCGUAUAAUACAUAUAGCAGUUCUGACUGUGGUUUCUUAGUUAAUUAAGCCGUCAAAAUUAAGAAACUACAGUCAGAAUUGACUCAACUGUUAAAACUUGAAAACAAUCGUCACACAGGCUGUGUGUAAGGGACUGUAUGUACGGUGUUUAUACGGUAUUUUUUUGUGGUUUUAUGUGUUAUUACAAUUUCGUUUUUUUGUGUAUCUCUUAUCCCUUUGGUAUAUAUUUUUGCCUGUGGAUAUGUAUUAACUUACCUGUACAUGUUUAGGCCACAUGCAUGCAUAUAUGUAUAUGGCACACUGCAGCAGAAAGAAGGAAUACUGCUCAGGGUGUACAUAUAUAUGACAAGUAACAGCAAGUGUGUACUUUGUGUAA